UCGCUAGCUCAAUUGUGCUACACAAGCAACAUCCAACAUCCCAUGGGAACAAGCAUGAAGGUUCAUCAGUUUGCACGUGGAUUUUGGGAACAAGAACCCUCUCUCUCACUUGGCUGCAAACGCUUACGCCCUCUUGCUCCUAAGUUCAACACCAACUCCGACUCCAUUACUCCUUUUGAUCUCAAGAGCUUCAUUAAACCCGACAGCGGACCCAGAAAACUUGGCUCCGACCACGACCACAAGAGAGACUCUCCUCAAGUUGAGACGCACCCGGGAGGGACAAGGUGGAACCCUACGCAAGAGCAGAUAGGAAUACUUGAGAUGUUGUAUAGGGGAGGCAUGAGAACUCCCAAUGCACAACAAAUAGAGCAAAUUACGGCCCAAUUAGGGAGAUACGGCAAGAUUGAAGGGAAGAAUGUGUUUUAUUGGUUCCAAAACCACAAAGCCAGGGAGAGACAAAAACAGAAGCGCAAUAGCCUUGGCUUGAGCCAUUCUCCGAGAUCAACUCAAGCCUCCACCAUUACCACUACCAUAACUUUGGAUUCUAGGGGAGAAGUGGAAAGAGAGGGAGAUAGUCCAUACAAGAGGAAAAGCAGGAGUUGGGUUCUUGAGAGCUUAGAAUUAGAAGAAAGCAAUGAGGGAGAUGGAACUCUGGAGCUCUUCCCAUUGCACCCGGAAGGCAGAUGAAAGGGUUUGGAAUCAUCUUCAUAAUUAAAAUGUUGUUAUCAUCUUCUUUGAUGUGCUAGCUAAUUAACUUUUCUUUCUUUUUCCUUUGAUUCCAUUUGUUUCAAGAAAGAAGAAAGAAAAGUUGCGUAUCUGUCUCUUUGUACUCUACUAAUUGAAUUCCUCACUUGGAAUCAAUGAAACCUUUCUCUCUCCUUCUAA